AUGUCCUCCGCCCCCUUCAGGGUCAAGGCCCUGUUCGAAUACUCGUCGCCCCACGAGGAUGACCUUCAAUUCCCCGCCGGCGUCAUCAUCACCGUCACCGACGAGGAGGAUGCCGACUGGUACAGCGGCGAGUACCUCGACGACGCAGGCGCCAAACACCAGGGCAUCUUCCCUCGCAACUUUGUCGAAAAGAUCGAACCUCAGGCCCCGCCUCGCCCGACGAGAACCCGCCCCAAGAAGGAUCCCGAGCUCACAUCCCCCGUGUCGGAUGCGCCCGCCCCGGUCCCUCAACUCGAUCCCCGGCCCGUUCAAGAUCCUCACCGCGAUGUCGAGCGCACCGAGCCCAAGGCGCCAGCUGCCCUUCCCGCCUCCCCUGAAUCACCCACAGCUCCCGAGCCCGAGCCCGCGAAGGCACCUGAGCCCAUUCACGAUCCCACCCCGGUAGCUUCGGCUUCCGCCACCAAGUCCAGCGAGUCCCCCGCAGCGACGUCGCCCCCCAUCGCCAAAUCAUCGCCUGCUCCUGCUGCGAAGCCCGGCCCACCGCCCAAGCCCUCCAGCAACGCCUUCAAAGAUCGCAUUGCUGCUUUCAACAAGGCCUCGGCCGCCCCGAUUGCCCCCUUUAAGCCAAGCGGCCUGGCUCAGGGCUCCUACCACAUCAAGAAGCCCUUCGUGGCUCCGCCUCCCAGCCGUAACGCAUACGUGCCCCCGCCCUCCCAGGCCCCGGUCGCCAAGGUCUAUCGCAGAGACGAAGACCCCGAGAUCCUGGAAAGAGAGGCCGAGAACCAAGAGAGCGCAGAGAGGGCCGGUAUGGCCCCGGGGGGGGCUGCCGGCGACGAGGGCGAAGAUACCCCGAAGCCCACCAGUCUGAAGGAGCGCAUCGCCCUUCUGCAGAGGCAGCAGCAGGAGCAAGCCCAGCGCCACGCAGAUGCCGCCGCGAAGAAGGAAAAGACAAAGCGCCCUCCGCCCAAGAAGCGCACCGACAGCCAGGAAGCCUCCGAGGACGUCGGCCCUGCUGCUUCUGCUACUGUUGCUGACACUCCCGUCGCUGCGCCCGAGAUUGACGCCGACGAGGCAGCGGGCAGGAGCUCGGUGGAUUCCCCGCGCGUGCCGCCCGGGCCCCGUCGCAAGUCCUCUCGGGGUCCUGCUGCUGAGGCUUAUCACGAUGGAAACGAGGCUGACAUGUCUGGUGCUGGUGACACCGAGGGGCCUGAGGAUCUCACGGAACGCGACGACAGCGAUGCGGCCCCGCGUCCUGUGCCCCGACCCCAAAUUGCAUCCCCCGUCGAGCAAAGAAGGGAAAAUGACCAAACUGAAGAGGAUGCCGAGGAUGCAGAGGAGGACGACGACGACAUUGACCCCGAGGUCCGCCGAAAGGAGGAGCUUCGAGCUAGAAUGGCCAAAAUGAGUGGCGGAAUGGGCAUGCACGGCAUGUUUGGAAUCCCAAUGGGUGCCCCGGCCAUUCCGAAGAAGAAGAAGACGGCCGACCGCCCGGUCGAGGUCUCGCCGACGGACGAACGUGAUGAGGAUGCGACGUCACCCGUUAGCCGUGUCCCUGUCCCGGGCAUGAUGGCCUUGCCGGGCAUGGGCGCACCCCGACGUCAAGAGGAGCAGGCUGCCGCCGACGAACCCGAGCCUCCAACAUCGCCGAGGGCGCCGCCUCCCCCUCCGCGAACGGUCGAGGGAGACAAUGCCGACGAUGAGCCACUCGCGAGCCCUCCUCCCAAUCGCUCCGAAUCCGACGAUGAGCUGUCAGGCGGCGCUCAGGACACCCCCAGGGCCGAAGAAGCGCGCGCGCCGCCGCCGCUGCCACCGGUUGCAACAACGCUCUACGAACAAGCGCAUGAGCAGGGUGCCACCCCCUAUUCCUGGAGCUGCUCCUCCAAUUCCUACAGCUCAGUCGCGACCACCCCCUCCCCCGCCCCCGGGGGACCCCUGAGCCGUCAGUCUACCCAGGAUAUGCACAUCGCUUCACCCAUCUCCCCUCCCGUCAGACCCCCGCCGCAGGGUGAGGAUGAUGACGAGGUGACCGAGUACGAGGGCGACUACGAUACCGACAUUGCGUCUUCGGUUCCCCACAAGGACGCACUCAAGUCUCACGCGCGAGACUCCAGCCUUGACGACAACACACCGGUAAGGUCACCGAUCUCUGAUGCCCCUCCCACCCUGCCGCCGCCCAUCCCGACUGGCCCUCCACCUAGAGCCGCUCCGCCCCCGGUGCCGAUGCAGGCACCGCCCUCGGAAAAGCGUCGUUCCGUUGAUGUUCCGAGGGCAGCGCCGCCUCCGCCGCCGCCGGCCAGAGACGAUGACGAAUACGAUCCGUACAACUAUUCCUCCCCAAAAGUGCCCUUUUCUCAGCGUACCCCGAAGAUCGAGGAGGAAGGAUACUUCCACCAGGACACUCCGCCUUUGCCGUCGCCCUCGCUCACGAGAGCGCCGCCUCCCGCCCCGCCUCCCGCCCCUCCCGGAGGCCGAGCGCGUCAAUCUUUGGAUGUCUCCCGGGCAUCCAUGUCGCAACGGCGCUCCAUGGAUGCACACAGGCCAUCCGUAUCUGCAGAGUCCGGCUUCAUCGCCAAUGACAUCGAUCUGGCCAAGCAGAGCGGGUGGUGGCGCCAGGACAAGACGGUGCCCCCAGUGUUCCAGGGCAGACGAGACCUUUACUACGAGACGGACGAUUCGACGUCGGGCUCUCACGUCACACGCACCAUCUACGUACUCUUCCAAGACUACUCGCAGACGAUCAUCACUGUCGAAUAUGACCAGAACAGUGCAGCAGACGUGAUGCUCGACCAGCGACACGACCCACCUCCGAGAGCGUUGCGUCAAGACGAGCUUGAGCAGUCGUAUGAGCGGUUCGGACGGCCGAUUUCCGAAGCGGUCACGUCCAAGAAGGAAACGGUUGUAGGCGACGGGACGCCGCAGGGCCUCGUCCAAGAGCUCUUGAAGCCAUUUAACGAUGCUCUCGCACCCAUCGGGUCCAGAGCGUAUGGCGCGCUCGUCUAUUCCAACAUGGCCAACGCCUCGACGCAACAAAACGAUCAGAUCCGGCCCGGAGAUAUCAUUUCCAUUCGCAACGCUCGAUUCCAGGGCAAGCACGGUCCCAUGCACGCCAAGUACUCGAUGGAGGUGGGCAAGCCCGACCACGUCGCCGUCGUGUCGGAGUGGGACGGGACCAAGAAGAAGGUCCGCGCCUGGGAGCAGGGUCGCGAGAGCAAGAAGGUCAAGGUCGAGAGUUUUAAGCUCGACGACCUGCGCAGCGGCGAGGUUAAGAUCUGGCGCGUGAUGCCCCGGAGCUGGGUCGGGUGGAACAGCCCGUCGUCUUAG